AGCAUCUGAUCAUUUAUUGAACAAAAUACCGACAUUGAAACAGAGAAAACUCUCUCUCUCUGUGUCUCUCUCCUCCGAACGUACGGAACCAGCUUUGGUUCGGGAAGUUUCAUGGACUCAAAGUGAAGCUCACAGAACUCACCUUAAUCCGCAAAACCCAUUUCAGGAACUGUGUUGUUUUUGCCAGUGUUGUCUCGAAAGUUUAUAUCGUUCAUCCCAUGUGUUGUGAUUUUUGGUACUUGAUUAAUGUUAUCUAGCAUUCCAUUGAUUAUUUCUGAACAUACCAGCCAUAAGAGUUGUUAUUCUCUUCCUUUUUAAUCGUUGGCUUGUCCUGUACACUGAGAUUGUUGGAUGCAAAACUUUGGGGAAGGUUGGUAGUAGUAGAGAGAGUGGUUGAACUCUUGUAGAAUUGUAUCAAUGGAACACAAUUUGGGUCAAGACACUGCAGCUGCAUCUGGGUCCUUUGAUAAGUCUAGGGUUUUAAAUGUGAAGCCAUUGAGGACUCUUGUACCUGUGUUCCCUUCACCAUCUAAUAAUCCCUCUUCAUCUUCAACUCCACAAGGUGGUGCUCCUUUUGUUUGUGCUUCUCCUUCUGGCCCUUUCCCUUCUGGUGUUGCACCUUUUUACCCUUUCUUUAUCUCGCCCGAGUCCCAGAGGCUUUCUGAACAAAAUGCGCAAACCCCGACUGGUCAGCGUGUGGCUGCUAACCCAAUAUCUUCUGCAGUUCCUAUUAAUUCAUUUAAGAAACCAACUGGUGCUGCAAAUGGAGAUGCGGGCUCGUCGCGAAGGAAUGCUAGAACUCGUAGACAGGUUGCGGAGGAAGUUGGCUAUGGUAAUGAUGAGAUGGUUGAUGUUGGUGCUGAAGACGGAACUGGAGAUAGGAGGUUAACGCGCAAAUCACACAAGAAGGCAAAGGGACAGCAGACUGGUGGUUCUGUUGAUGUUGAUCCAGAUGCAGUGGUUAACGAUAUUCUUAAAACACUUAACCCCAUAGUUUUUGAUGUACUAAAUCAACCUGAAGGUGGCAAGGACUCAGUUGCAUAUACACUUAUGAUAUAUGAAGUGCUGCGAAGAAAGCUUGGACAAAUUGAUGAUUCUACAAGGGACGUAGGUUCUGGAGCAAAACGGCCUGAUUUGAAGGCAGGUACACUUAUGAUGAGUAAAGGGGUUCGGACUAACAGCAAGAAACGUAUUGGAGCUGUACCUGGUAUUGAGAUUGGAGAUAUUUUCUUUUUCAGAUUUGAAUUGUGCCUAGUGGGUUUACAUGCUCCUUCUAUGGCUGGGAUUGAUUACAUUGGUAGCAAAACCACUCAGGAGGAGGAGCCAUUAGCUGUAAGUAUUGUCUCAUCUGGGGGGUAUGAAGAUAACGUGGAGGAUGGGGAUGUGUUGAUUUACAGUGGUCAAGGUGGGGUUAACCGUGACAAGGGAGCAAGUGACCAAAAGCUUGAAAGGGGUAAUCUUGCAUUAGAGAGGAGUCUUCAUAGAGGUAAUGAUGUGAGAGUAAUUAGAGGUAUGAGGGAUGUACAACAUCCAACUGGGAAGGUAUAUGUCUAUGACGGUCUUUACAAGAUUCAAAAUUCAUGGGUGGAGAAAUCAAAGUCUGGUUUCAAUGUAUUCAAGUAUAAAUUAGUCAGGUUGCCUGGGCAGCCUCAAGCAUAUAUGAUAUGGAAAUCCAUUCAACAAUGGACUGAGAAGUCUGCUUCAAGAGCAGGGGUUAUAUUGCCUGAUCUUACUUCUGGGGCUGAAAAUGUACCUGUUUGUCUUGUGAAUGAUAUUGAUAACGAGAAGGGCCCUGCGUAUUUCACUUACAUCCCAACUCUCAAGAAUUUGAGGCCAACAGCUCCUGUGGAAUCUUCUGUUGGGUGUUCUUGUGUUGGUGGAUGUCAACCUGGCAGUUAUAACUGUUCUUGCAUUCAAAAGAAUGGAGGCUAUCUACCGUAUUCUGCCGCUUCAUUACUUGCUGACCUAGAAUCUGUGGUAUAUGAGUGUGGUCAUUCUUGUCAGUGCCCUUCUAAUUGCCGAAAUCGGGUUUCCCAAACUGGCUUGAAGCUUCGUUUGGAGGUUUUUAAAACCAAGGAUAGAGGUUGGGGUCUUAGAUCAUGGGAUUCUAUUCGUGCAGGAACUUUUAUAUGUGAGUAUGCAGGGGAAGUCAUAGAUAAUGCUAGAGUAGAAGAGCUUGGUGGUGAUAAUGAAGAUGAUUACAUUUUUGAUUCUACUCGAAUUUAUCAGCAACUGGAAGUUUUUCCUGGUGAUACUGAAGCACCAAAAAUCCCAUCCCCCCUUUAUAUUUCAGCAAGAAAUGAAGGGAAUGUUGCUCGGUUUAUGAAUCACAGCUGCUCUCCAAAUGUAUUAUGGCGUCCUGUCAUACGUGAAAAUAAGAAUGAAUCAGAUCUCCACAUUGCUUUCUAUGCCAUUAGACAUAUCCCUCCUAUGAUGGAGUUAACUUAUGAUUAUGGGAUAGUUCUUCCUCUCAAAGUAGGUCAGAAGAAAAAGAAAUGCUUAUGUGGAUCUGCAAAAUGUAGGGGUUACUUUUGUUAAUUUUCUGAUGAGUUUUGGAUGAGAUGGCCUCUGAAUGAUUAUACAUAAAGAUAAGGAUUGGAGGAAGUAUGAAAUUCUGUCUUUCCGGUGUAGAAAUAGCAAAACUGUUUAGAUAAUUCGGAUUUCACAUUGUUAGCUCCCAGCCUCAAAAGAAUGGAAAGUCUCAUUUAUGCCAUUGCUUGUUUCUCAGCUCUAGUUAUGGCAGACAACAGGAUGGAACUAUUUAGAAAGAUGUUGUUAGCAGACCAACCUUUCCUUUUGGCAAUUCAAGUGAAUUGGCACAAAAAAGAUCAGGUUGCCUACUUACUAAUGUGGGUAACUAACAAAAGUUAACUGUAAGGAACAUUGUGUAAUUUGUGUCUUUUUUCUGUUAGCUAUCUUUUCUUUUUACCUCUCUUGGGAUGGGAAGGAUUUUGAGUAGGCCUUUUGGUCCAUAUGGUAAGGAUGAACUUGACAUGUAGAAUUGAACAUUUAGUUUGUUGCCAUCAUUUCCAAAAAUCAUCCAGAUAUUCUAUUCUUUUGCAUAUGGUUGGCCUGUGGAUGAUCCAGUCCCGAAAAUAAUUAUUAGCGUCUUGUUGGAUGGAUCAGAAAUUUUUGAGUUUCUAUGUUGGAAAAGGAACUAGAGAAAAUGAACAUUUGGAUGUUUAGAAAUAUGUACUUCAAUAGAAAGGAUUUCUCCUUUAUUGAUAGUAGAAAUCUGUUUGAUAUCCUUUCUUCUCUCACUUUGUCCCUGCUAUUGGAAAAGAGAAAAACAAAAUCUGUUUUUGUUAUUUUAAUUAUUCGUUGAACCAUCGAAUUUAAAUAAUUGUGGUUUUUCCUUUCUUUUUAUAGCAUUUUAAGUUUGAAUAGCAUUUGGUUUUUAACUGAACUCAAAGACGAACGCCUUCUAUGUAGUUCAAGCAAUGGAAUAAAACUUGAUUAUCGUUACGUU